AUGCUAGAGCUGGCAGACCAGUUUCUGGAAGCUCAGGGUGGAGCGAGCCUCGCAAAAACGAAGAAAGAUAGUCCUCUCACGGACGAGAAGGGCAAAUACGAGAAGGGAGGCAAUAGCCACGCACCGCUACCACGGUGCUAUAAUUGCAAUCGGGGAAAUCAUCCGCCGCACUUAUGUCGCAACAGACCUGCCGCCAAUAUAGCCAUCGUCUGUUUCAAGUGUGGGAAAAAGGGACAUAGGGCAAACGACUGCCGGUCAGGAUCAACUAACGCACUCCAGGCGUCCUGCCUCUACGCACCAAGGGAAACGCGUGAGGAUCCCAUACGCGAUGGGUAUAUAGAGCUUAGGAAUGGCGAAAAAGUCCCCGUCGUCAACGCCGUAAAGGUGACACCGCCGAAAGAUCUGGUCGGGAACCUGCCAGUGGUCACAGGCACCCUCCGAGGCGCAGACAUCUCAGUGUUGCGGGAUACGGGGUGCAACACGGUAACUGUGCGGAGGAAGCUGGUAAAGGAAGACGAGCUGACCGGUACAAGCAGACUCGUCUACUUGGUCGACGGAACAGCGAGGAUGCUGCCCGAAGCACGGAUUGAGGUUGACACUCCGUACUUUACUGGCCACCUUACAGCACUGUGCCUGCAAGAUCCACUGUAUGACCUCAUUCUGGGCAACAUCGAUGGCGCAAGACCUCCUGAUGAUCCGAGGAAGGAGACCGAAGAACCUGUCUCGACGGAGGAGUUAAGGGAAGAGCCUAUAGCAGCAGCUAUCACCCGUUCUCAAGCGCAUGCACAGCCGGAAAAAUUUGCCAAACUUCGCACGCCUGAGACCACGGCGGGAUUGCCAGGAGAGGACGACUAUGGCUGCGAGCAGAGAAGAGAUGCGACACUCAAGCAAUGUUUUGAGAAGAUCGGCAGGAAGCAAACAUGCCGAAAUGAGAAGGGAAGCGUCGAGUAUAAGCAAGAACAGGGACUGCUAUACCGGCGGUACACAGAGGCCAACGGACGGCUGGUACGCCAACUAGUCGUGCCGCACUGCCACCGAGAAGCUGUACUUAAAACAGCACACGAUGGUAUAAUGGCAGGACACUUGGGCACACAAAAAACCAAGGAACGGAUCUCCGAGGAGUUCUUUUGGCCAGGCAUCACCGCUGAUGUAAAAAGGUUCGUCGCAUCAUGUGACAUCUGUCAGCGCACCGUACCGAAGGGCCGGGUACCACAUGUUCCACUGGGGAGGGCACCCAUAAUCGACACCCCGUACAAGCGAGUGGCGAUCGAUAUAGUGGGACCGAUUCACCCGCCCUCAAAGCAUGGAAACAGAUACAUUUUGACUUUGAUGGAUUAUGUCACCCGGUAUCCAGACGCAGUGGCGCUCCCGAGUAUCGAAACUGAGCGAGUGGCCGAGGCCCUGGUCGAGAUGUUCUCCCGAUUUGGCGUCCCCCGCGGGGAUCUAAGCGACUGUGGCACGAACUUCACGUCGGACCUGAUGAAGGAAGUAGCGCGGCUCCUUUCCGUGCGCCAGCUCCACACCACCCCAUAUCACCCAAUGGCAAAUGGCUUGGUGGAAAAAUUCAAUGGCACCUUAAAAUUAAUGUUGAAGCGCAUGUGCGCCGAAAAACCGAGAGAUUGGGACCGCUACCUGGCACCUCUCCUCUUCGCCUAUCGGGAGGUUCCGCAGGAGCUGUGGACGAACGCCGACUUGACUGAAGAAGCUAAGACGACGUACCAGCAUGUCUUCGACCUUCGGAACCGCUUGGAGGAAACGUGCCGCCUGGCACACGAGGAGUUGGAAAAAGCUGGAGCGCGGUACACGAAGCUGUACAAUCGCAAGGCGAAGGAGCGGAGUUUCGACCCCGGAGACAAGGUACUGAUUUUGCUCCCCACCGACACGAACAAGCUGCUGCUGCAAUGGAAGGGUCCUUUUGAAGUAAGGGAAAAGAAAGGUGAAGCUGACUACGUCGUAGACACGGCUGGCGGCAGAAAAAUCUUCCACGCCAACUUACUGAAAAGAUACGAGGAGAGGGACGGCCGCACUACCAAGGUGAGCAACGUGACGUUUGGUGUUGUGGAAUCGAGCGAGGACGAGAAUAUUCCAACCCCUGACUGGCUGAAAUUGGAAGGGGAACAAGAAGUGAAGCUCUCCGACAAACUGGACGCUCAGCAGAUUGGACAGCUGCAAGGAAUUGUUGGGGAACACGCUCGUAUUUUCUCGGAUGUCCCGGGCAAAACUGACUGGGUCUACUGCAACCUCGAACUCACCGCGAGUAACCCCGUACACGUGAAACAAUACCCUCUUCCCUUUGCAACGCGGGAAGGUGUAGAGAAGGAGGUGCGAGAGAUGGAGAAGCUCGGCAUCAUCGAGAAAUCAGAGUCACCUUAUAAUUCGCCAGUGAUUUUGGUAAAGAAACCCGACGUCGGUACAAAUCGACUGUGUAUUGAUUUUCGACGCCUGAACAACGUUCUGGUGGCUGAUUCCGAACCUAUGACAAGAACUGACGCGGUGUUUGCUACAGUGGCAAAUAAGAAGUAUUUCUCGAAGCUCGACUUCGUGAAGGGCUAUUGGCAGAUACCGCUAACCGAAGAGUCCAAAGCGAAGACGGCCUUCUCGACGACAUCGGGACUAUACCAAUUCCGCUACAUGCCAUUCGGCAUCAAGACAGCGCCUGCUGUAUUUGCUAAGUUGAUGCGGAAGGUUGCGGAAGGUAUACCCGGUGUGGACCAUUAUUACGAUGAUGUACUAGUAGCCACCGAAACAUGGGAAGAGCACCUGAGGUCCCUGGGACUGCUUUUUGAGCGCAUACAGAGGGCCGGGCUUACGGUGCGCCCAAGUUACAACCACUGGGGAAAACACUCGACAAGAUCGAAGCUGCACCACGUCCUUCAACCAAGCGACAAGUACGCGCCUUCCUCGGUUUGA